GCCAAUGAGAAGCGGCGACGCCGGGCCCAGUGUUGUGGUCACGUGGGCGGUUUGUAGUCGCGGCGGCGCCCGCGGCUCUCUCUCUCUCUCUCUUCUCCGGCGGGCUCUUCACCCCUCUCCUUCCUCCCCCUCGGGCCAAGGUGGACCACGCCGCCGCCGCUGUGCCAUGCCGCUGGUGCGCUAUCGGAAGGUCGUGAUCCUGGGAUACCGCUCCGUGGGUAAAACAUCCCUUGCUCACCAGUUCAUUGAUGGGGAAUUUCUGGACUGUUAUGACCCCACAGUGGAAAGCACUUACAACAAAAUGUUGAUGGUGGGGAAAGACGAAUUUCACCUGCAGCUAGUUGACACAGCAGGACAGGAUGAAUAUACUAUCUUGCCUCACUCUUUUACCAUUGGCAUCCAUGGCUACGUGCUUGUAUAUUCUGUCACCUCUCUCAAGAGUUUUCAGGUGGUAAAGUCUCUACACAGCAAGCUAUAUGAAAGCAGAGGAAAGACAAGGAUGCCUGUAGUGCUUGUUGGCAAUAAAGCUGAUUUAUCUCUAGAAAGCCGGCAGGUGAAAACCGACGAGGGAAGGAAACUAGCUGAUUCCUGGGGUGCUGUUUUUUUGGAAUCUUCUGCAAAAGAAAACCAGUUAACUCAAGGUAUCUUCACAAAAGUUAUUGAGGAGAUUGAUCGUGUGGACAACUCAUGUGGUGAACAUCGUAGCUGCAUUCUCAUGUGAUGUCCCCCCUUUUUCCCAUCUGAAGCCACUCUACAAGUGUGAGGGGUGCAUCAGGACACUCAGGCCAACUCAGGACAGGCAUUAGAGCUACCUGGAGCCCUGAACAAUGGGUCUGAAGUAGCUUACGGGUAACCCACACACAGACACAAGUAUAUACCUCAUUGCUCACCCCCUAGAGGAGGUGAUGGCCAUGUUUUGCACAUUAGUUUGCUAGAUGCAAUCUGUGUGUGUGUGUGCGUGUGCGCGCGUGCGCGUGUGCAUGCAUGCAUGUGUGUGUCUGUGUACACACAUAUAUAUGUUUUGCCAAAUGUUUACAGAACUAGGAGGUCAGGAGCACAAGUUGUAUUUAUGUCUUUUUCUUUUUUAUGAAGGGACUUUUCUGUAUAUUUAUAGCAAAGUAUAAUUCAUACACACACAACUUUAAACAUACAUCUGUUUCAGUCCUUGGUGUAACAGAGAGGCAGCUGAAUCUAACUAUUUCCUCCUGUGGAAUCCAUAGAGGGCCAGUUCUUUGGACUGUAGUUGUCUUUCAGUGGGAACUUGAAACAUAGUCCCAAGUGUACAUUCCCCCCCCCCAAGUUAUGCUUCUUACAACCUUUUUGUUUUGUUUUGUUUUGUUUGGCAGGCUUGAUUUCAGGUGGCAGUGUUGAUCCAAAGUUGGAUUUUUGUCCUUUAAGUUUCCGCAGAUAUUUCAAAAGGCCUGAAAUGACUAAUGGCUCAGCCAGGCCUAGUAAAUUUUUCUUUGGUUAUGCAAAUAAAAGCAACCUCCUUCAGGAGGCAAAUAGAGAAAAAACUUUAUCUAGUAACCUUCAAUGUCCUGACUACAUUUCAGAUGGUGUUGCAGCUUGUUAUAGUAAAAAAAAACAAAAUGUUUAGUUUGUUUAUAAUAACAGAUUGAAGAAAACAAUAAUUGUGGAGCUGUGGCAUCCAAACUCAUCAGAGGUUCCACAUCUUCCUUUACAACUGUUAUCUCUUCAGGAUAUUUUUUUGAAUCAGUGGAAAGAACAUUCUCGGGACAGAACUUGUGUUAUAAGCGACACACAAUGUUAUAAGAAGGAUAUAAGAUUUGUGCGGGAUGGGGAAAGAUGUGAUCCUCUUCCUUGACAGUUAUAUUUUCAGGGGGUGAUGCAGGAUGAAAUAAGCCUAGAUGGAAAAAGGGGGCUUACUGGAUGCCUUGCGUGUGUUUUGAUUAGAAUCCUGUGGAACUAAAUAAUCAUGCUGAAGUGUAGAAGAAUGAGAGAAAUAGCUCAGUUGAAGCUGAACUGUGCUACAAUUUGAAACGUAACUAUUAUCUUUCAGUGGGGGUAAAUAAGUGAGGCCUGACUCCCCCACCUUUUUUUUUAUUUUAUUUUUUUAUUUUUAUUUUUUUUUUGCAAGAUUGUCCACCUUUGGCUUUCUUGGCAGCACAAAGUUGCUUUUUGCUCAAGUAAGGGAUGGGCAAAAUGUCCUCCCAAUAUUGCUGAACUCCCAUCAUCUUCCACUAUUGUUUGGACCUCUUCACACCAAUAAGAACUGUAGUCCAGCAGUAUCAGCAGGGCAUUCCUCUCCUAAUGUCAAAUGUAAUAGGAUAUGCUGAAUGAUCUCAAAUGUUAGUCCUACUUUCCGUGGCUUGUAAGAAAAUGGUGGAUGCCCCACCCUACCUGACCCCUUUUCUUGUCUGAGUACAAGCAGCAUAGCUGUGAAUGUGCUCCUGUGCCGCCUUGCUCUAUUUCCAUGUCUUACAGUGUAAAUCAGGGUGAACUGGGCAUCUUUACUUCAUGGAGGUUGGAAUCCAAAGGGCUACGGGGUUUGUGUGGAACCUCUGGCUCCUGAAGGAAGCAAACAUGCACACAUACACAGGUGUGCACCCUGAAACAAGAGACAAAAUGAGACAGCACAGAUUUUGUGACUGAUCCCUACUGAAACAUAAUAUACUGUGCUCUGGAAAAGCAAGGAGGCAUGUCUGUAUGUGUCUUAAACCUAGUUUAAUUCCUACCAUGAAGAUUGGUGCCCAUCUUUCAAUUACCACAAAGUCUGUGGUACAGAAGCCCAAAUUCAGAGUCUGGAAGUAUUGAGUUACAAGUAACAUACCUGUAACAAUAAAAAAUUAAUACUGGUCCUCA